AUGCAGGCGCUCCAGCCUGGGCUGUGGCGACAGCAGGCCCGGCGUGCAAUUCAUCUUCGCAGUAUUGGUGGAAAGAGGGCGCGACAAUCUCUCUUCUCGAUCUACAAUCAAGCACGACUUGGACGACAACAACCGCCACGACAGGAGCAGCACAAUUACCAUGGCCCUCCUCACAAGGAAUACUUCCAGACGCCAGGUCAGAUGCCUGCCCCAGACACCACUCCCUACAUAGGCCAGGGACCGCAUUCAGGAGCGUACCCAGUGCCGCCUCAAUAUACUGCUGCCGGCGUCCCUAUUCCACCUCCACCUCCUGCUGCAGCAUUUCCAACACCACCCUCAGGACCUUCGCUGUUAAGGCGCGCGACGCGGUCGGUGCUAUGGGCGGUGCUGUUUGGGGUCCUUGGUGCUGCAGCAGGCACGGCGCUGAUUACCUGGGAGUACCUUCAGCCGCCAUUUGAGCCUGGUUCUCCCGAGGAGGAAGAGUUGAAUGAGGAAAUCUGGGACACAUUGGAGAGCCAUCCGCUGGUCAUAUCGCUGCGCGAAGAGGGUUGGGUCGAAGAGGACUACUAUGCCGGCAAGGCCCACGGCCCUGGCAGCGGACACCAUCUGGUAGCCGAGACACUGACGGGGAUGCGGGGGAUCACGAUGAGGGUGUUCAGGCAUCCUACGCUGCAUUUCAGCAUGCUGGUGUUUUUCCUUGGCUUUGGUAUUGAAGGCUGGCCAGACGUGGUUCACGGCGGCGUUAUCACAACGCUUCUGCAAGAAGGCAUUAAUCGACAAAUCGAAACGCUGUACAAGCACUAUGGUACACAGCGUGAGCAGCUCCUCAACGUUGACUUCAAACGACCCAUGCGGCCGGGUGACAUCUAUGCCGUUCUUGUCCCGCCAGCACAGUUGGAGGUCGAACUCAUGCCCGAUUGCUACCACCUAGAGAUAAACGCAAUGCUUGUCCAUCUGGAGAAUCCGCCCCGUAUUAGGCCAGAGAGCACAGACGGAAUUGUUGUGGAUCGGACAACAAUCGAGCUUGCAGGCUCCAGGCCUGCCGAGCUCAUUCAUGCACUUGCGACGGCUCAGGUUCGGAUGGUCACAGAUGUCAGCGACGAGCGACUGGCAAAGAUUGAGGCCCAAUUCGAAGAGGAACGUCGACUUCUCGAAGAGACGGACCGAGCUGUUGAAAAGCUCGUGGAGGAGGUUGCGCAGGCGGGGAAUAAGCGAUAA